CCCAAUCCCAAUCCCAAUCCCAAACCCAGAUGCUGAACAUGAUCCUCCUCCUCUUUCUCCUUGUGGUUUUCCUUUUUAUUCUCCGGUUCUUAUCAAAAACAUCCUUCAUACACAUCCUUCUCAACCAAUUCCAGUGCUUGGAAGAUAGGCUUCAUGUUCACCAAUCCUAUAGAGUUCCUCAGUUCGAUCAUGUUCAUCGAGAAAACGAGCUCUACCGCAAGGUUUCAACGUAUCUCAACUCUCUCCCUUCCUUGGAAGACUCUGAUUUCACUAACCUUUUCACCGGUUCCAAGUCCAACGAUAUCCUUCUUCGACUCGAUAUCGAUCAGACAAUUCGGGACGUGUUCCUCGGCGCUAGAGUUACGUGGACCAUCGAGAAACUUGAAAAGAAUGGGACCAGGGUAUUGGUGUUGAGGCUCAGAAAGAACGAUAAGCGUCGAAUUCUACGUCCAUACCUCCAACACAUACUGUCUGUUGCCGGAGAUAUCACUCAAAGGAAGAAAGAGCUCAAGUUGUGCAUGAACGUCGACAGUCCAUCAGCCGAGAACGGACGGUGGAGGUCGGUACCGUUCAAUCAUCCGGCGUCAUUUGACACUCUUGUAAUGGACAUUGAUCUGAAAAACAGACUCAAAACCGACCUUGAAACGUUUCUCAAGUCCAAGCAAUUUUAUCAUAGGCUAGGCCGUGUUUGGAAGCGGAGCUAUCUUCUAUACGGCCCGUCGGGGACCGGAAAAUCCAGCUUCGUCGCGGCAAUGGCUCGAUUCCUCAACUUCGAUGUGUACGACAUCGAUUUAUCCAAAGUUAAUGACGAUUCCGAUUUGAAGAUGCUAUUGCUGCAAACCACAAAUAAGUCGAUGAUCGUGGUCGAAGAUCUUGAUCGUUUCUUGAUGGAGAAGAAAAGGGGUGUUAGCUUAUCGGGGAUAUUGAAUUUCAUGGACGGAAUCAUAUCUUGCUGCGGGGAAGAAAGGGUGAUGGUGUUCACAAUGAACAAGAAAGAUGAAGUUGAUGAAGCCGUGCUUAGGCCUGGGAGGAUCGAUGUUCAUGUGCACUUCCCAUUAUGUGAUUUCUCUUCAUUCAAGAAUUUGGCUAACAAUUACCUGGGUGUCAAGGAACAUAAACUUUUCCCUCAGGUUGAGGAGAUCUUUCAAGGAGGGGCAAGUUUAACCCCUGCAGAGAUUGGGGAGAUCAUGAUAUCCAACAGGAGCUCCCCGACUCGAGCGCUGAAAUCGGUCAUCACAGCAAUGCAAACCACUGGCGGUACAAAAAGUAGAAGGUCGACUUCCGAUGAUGAACCGGUUCGGAAUCCAGAGGAAACAAGUGGUGAUCAAGGGGGGAGUCUUAGCAGGGAUCAUUCGGUUAGAGAUUUUCGGAAACUAUAUGGACUUUUGAAAAUGGGGAGUAGAAGAAAAGAUGAGCCAUUGGAUUUAGGUACAGUUGAGAAAGACGGGGCAUGAAAGCUUGUAACAAAUAGAAUUGUAAACAGUACCAAACAUU